AGGCUGCAUCCACCUUGGCCGGGGUGUCGUCAUUGGCUGCCUAUUGGAAAAACUACAGGACAAUGCAUACCACCGACUGCCGACUGUAAACAUAGGGGAUAUGUGUUCACUUAGCAUGGACUUCUGGGAGGGGCCAAGGAAGGGCGGUCUGGAGUUUUAUUGAAUAGAGCAGUGUGUAUUAGGCUGCCUGCCUGCCUGCUUUCUGUCUUGCUGUGCUCCUGCUUAAAGAAAUCAGUCCUUCCUUUCCGACUUAGUCCUCGGGAAGAAGUUUCAGCCUACGAGGUAUCAUUAAAACAUUUCAAGAUCAUCACAUUGAAUUCCACUAGAAUUGGUGAUCAGUCAGAAAGCUUGGAAGUGGACAUCUGAUUGCUUCUCCAUCCAGACAUUAUCUGGUCUCCCUAAACCUGAAACCACAUCAUGGAUGAUUUUGAACGUCGCAGAGAACUUAGGAGGCAGAAGAGGGAGGAGAUGAGGCUCGAAGCAGAAAGAAUCGCCUACCAGAGAAAUGAUGAUGAUGAAGAAGAGGCGGCCCGGGAACGGCGCCGCCGAGCCCGACAGGAAAGGCUGCGGCAGAAGCAAGAGGAAGAAUCCUUCGGACAGGUGACCGACCAGGUGGAGGUCAAUGCCCAGAACAGUGUGCCCGAUGAGGAGACCAAGACGGCCACCCCAAAUACGCAGGUAGAAGGUGACGAUGAGGCUGCGCUCCUGGAGCGCCUGGCUCGGCGAGAGGAAAGACGUCAGAAGCGCCUUCAGGAAGCUCUGGAGCGGCAGAAGGAGUUGGACCCCACAGUGACCGAGCCAAGCCUGUCGCUCCCAAGCAGAAGAAUGCAGAAUGACACGGCAGAAAACGAAACUGCGGAGAAGGAAGACAAAGGCAUCAGUCGCCAAGAGAGAGAUGAGAUAGAGGAAACCGAAAUAGUCACCAAGUCCUACCAGAAGAAUGACUGGAGGGACGGUGACGAACCAAAGAAAGAAGACAAGGAAACAGAGGAGGAGGAAGAAGAGCAGCCAAAGCCAGGGAGCAUUGGAGAAAACCAGGUAGAGGUGACGGUAGGAGAGGAAACCACAGAAACCCAAGAGGAAGCAGUGGUCAUGCCGCUGAAAAAUGGGGAAAUUGGUGCAGAAGAGCCUCAGCUAGAGCAGCAGCGGGAGCGUGGCCCAGAGGAGAGUCCCCAGAACGAACAGAUGGAGCAGGAGGAGAGGGAAAGAGCUGAGGCAGAGAGGGCGAGGCUGGAGGCAGAGGAGAGAGACAGAAUGAAAGCCGAGCAGGACAGAAAGACAGCAGAAGAGCAAGCGAGAAUUGCAGCAGAAGAAAAAGCAGCUGCACAAGAGAGAGAAAGGAGGGAUGCGGAGGAGAGGGAGAGGGUCAAAGCAGCAGAGGAGAAGCGAGCUGCAGAGGAGAGGGAGAGGGCCAAGGCAGCAGAGGAGAAGCGAGCUGCAGAGGAGAGGGAGAGGGCCAAGGCAGCAGAGGAGAAGCGAGCUGCAGAGGAGAGGGAGAGGGCCAAGGCAGCAGAGGAGAAGCGAGCUGCAGAGGAGAGGGAGAGGGCCAAGGCAGCAGAGGAGAAGCGAGCUGCAGAGGAGAGGCACAGGGCCGAGGAGGAGAAGGCUAAGCUAGAAGAGCAGAAACGUAAAAAGCAGCUAGAAGAGAAAAGAAACGAAACGCGAGAGACAAAGAUGAAAGGGGGAAAGGGAGAAGAGAAAAUAGAAGGGAAAUGGGUAAAUGAAAAGAAAGUGCAAGAAGAUAAACUUCAGACAGCUGUCCCAAAGAAACAGGAAGAAGAAAAGGGAGCUAAAGUGCAAGCUAAAAGAGAAAAGUCCCAAGAAGACAAGCCUACCUUCAAAAGAGAAGAGAUCAAAGAUGAGAAGAUUAAAAAGGACAAAGAGCCCAAAGAAGAAGUUAAGAGCUUUAUGGAUCGAAAGAAAGGGUUUACAGAAGUGAAGUCACAGAAUGGAGAAUUCAUGACCCACAAACUUAAACAUGCUGACAAUACUUUCAGCAGCCAGAGCCGCCCGGGAGGGAAGGCCGGCGGGGACCCCAGGGAGGCGGAAGGCGCCCCCCGGGUGGAAGCCGGCAAGCGCCUGGAGGAGCUCCGCCGCCGCCGCGGGGAGACCGAGAACGAAGAGUUCGAGAAGCUCAGACAGAAGCAGCAGGAGGCGGCCUUGGAGCUGGAGGAGCUGAAGAAAAAGCGGGAAGAGCGGAGGAAGGUCCUGGAGGAGGAAGAGCAGAAGAGGAAGCAGGAGGAAGCCGAUCGGAAAGUCCGAGAGGAGGAAGAGAAGAGGAGGCUAAAGGAAGAGAUUGAAAGGCGAAGGGCAGAAGCUGCCGAGAAACGCCAAAAGAUGCCAGAAGAUGGCGUGUCAGAUGACAAGAAGCCGUUCAAGUGCUUCACUCCUAAGGGCUCAUCUCUCAAGAUAGAAGAGCGAGCAGAAUUUUUGAAUAAAUCUGUGCAGAAGAGCAGUGGUGUCAAAUCAACUCAUCAAGCAGCAGUAGUCUCCAAGAUUGACAGCAGACUGGAGCAAUACACCAGUGCAAUUGAGGGGACAAAAACUGCAAAACCUAUAAAGCCAGCAGCCUCAGAUCUUCCUGUUCCUGCAGAAGGUGUCCGCAAUAUCAAGAGCAUGUGGGAGAAAGGGAAUGUGUUUUCAUCCCCCACUGCAUCAGGCACACCAAAUAAGGAAACUGCUGGUCUGAAGGUGGGGGUUUCUAGUCGCAUCAAUGAAUGGCUAACUAAAACCCCAGAUGGAAACAAGUCACCUGCUCCCAAACCUUCAGACUUGAGGCCAGGAGACGUAUCCGGUAAGCGGAACCUCUGGGAAAAGCAAUCUGUGGAUAAGGUCACUUCCCCCACUAAGGUUUGAGACAUUCAAGAAAAAAACCCAAGCUCAAGACGCUGGACCAGCUCAGUUGUAGAGGGCUAUUUUGCUCUGUUUUAUAUUUAUAUUGAUUUACUAAAUUCGGUUCAUUUUUUUUGUUUUAUUUUUCAGUAUCCCAGUAAACCCAUGUAUAUUAUCACUAUAUUUAAUAAUCACAGUCUAGAGAUGUUCAUGGUAAAAGUACUGCCUUUGCACAGGAGCCUGUUUCUAAAGAAACCCAUGCUGUGAAAUAGAGACUUUCUACUGAUCACCAUAACUCUGUGUCUAAACAGUGAUACCAACUGCAAGUUUGAAAUUGCCUGAGGAAUGUGUGCAGUAUCUAGAAAAAUAAGCCGUAGUUUUUGUUUUUUUAAAUACAGAAGUCAUGUUGUUUCUGCACUUUAUAAUAAAGCAUGGAAGAAAUUAUCUUAUGAGGCAAUUGUAACACUUUCUGAAAGUAACCCAUUUCCGAUUUGAUAUAAUGCAAUAAUGAUUGUCUUUGAAAAAAAAAAAACGUACUGUUAAGGUAUUACUUUUUUUCAUGCUGAUUCAUAUCUAAAUCGGAUUAUGUUAGCUGACAGUGGUACUGAUUUUUUUUUAGGUUGGUUGCUUUGUGGAUUUCUUUGUUAGUCAUGGUAGCCUGAACCACAUUUUAAAUUACCUGAUUAUGUAUGUAUGUGCAUACACGUAUACAAACACACUAAUGGUAGAAUGCUUUUUUAUGUGCUAGACUAUUAUAUUUAGUGGUAUGUCCUUGUAACUAGCCAAUAUCACAGCUUUUUAAGAGUUAAAAGUCACAAUAUUAUAUUAAUAUUUCAUAUUUGCCAAAAGAAACAUGGCAGAUAGGUAUCGAUACGUUUUUAAUACCCGAUGACCUAUAAGAAAAAAGUAUUGAAAAAAAGAGAGAUUACAAGUGUCAAAAUGAGUUGAAAGUUUCUAUAAGACAUAGUAUUUAGUUUAUAACUAAAGGCAAUCUUGAAGUCCAGUGUGAAUUUUAUUAAAUCUACCAUCUGGAUCAAGCUCAGCGUCUGCUUACUCAUAACAAAGUUCACAGUAGGUUGACCUAAAUGAUACCUAAGAUACCUUCCUUGUCUAAAAUUUAAAAGCAAGAAUUUUAAGGAUAAUAUUGUACAGACUAAUUCCAUGUGUGGGUCUAAACAAAGACCAGCUCUGGCAGAAGUUUUCUUAUGGAAGCAGAGAAGUGAAGUGAGCAGAAGUCAGUAUUUAGGAAGCAUGACAGUACUUCCACCUUGCUCUGAAACAGUACUCCAUGUUAUUCUGAAUCAUUUUUUAAAUUAAUCUUUUCUACCUUUAAUAGUCACUGGCACUUGUCAUAAGUCGAUAAGGUGUUGAAACUUCAAAAAUAGAUGUAACUUUUACUCGUUCUACUUUCUUCCCCCCAAGAGUCUUUACUGGCUCACCAUUUUUACACACACAACCCAGAUAUCCAAUCUUAACAUCUUAUUCUUCGCAAUAGAUGAUGAAAGAGUACUCCAGUGUCUUGGCAAAAUGUUCUAGUAUAGACAUAUACAUGUAGUAUAGUUAUAUAAACACGUAACUCAGUUGACUUAACCAAAAUUAUCUUAGUCUCAGUUCCUACCACACUGAGGGAGCAUCCCAAAUAUCUAUUUCUUUAUCUAUAGUACUCCCCGAGAAGGGCUAGCCAGGGCAGGGCUGGUGUGAGGAGCGAUCACUGCCUUCCAAAGUCUGUUUUCAUCAUAAAUCAAUAAAGAGUAGUUGAACCCUCUAGAUUUUAGCAAACCUGGGCCAAAGGAAUAAAAGCCACCAAGAUUGCACAAGUCAUCCACCCAUGACAGAGUAGACAUGAGACUAUGAUAAGACAGAGUUUACAUAAAGUCCCCUAUCUAGCAUUGACUCCCGUCAUUGGAGUGCAAUGAUCAAAGUUUGAAUUAAGGCCUAAGGUGAGGUAACAUUGCUUUGUUGUGCUUCUGAACAAGCGCUUCUCCUGAUCUAUGUAUUUUUCUAGAAAGUCCAAAGUUGAGAAGAGAAUGUAUUGAUCCUGACUUUUAUUCCAAUAUUUGGAUGGAAUAAGUUUUAGGGUAGAGUUUUGUUCAGUUCGCAUAUAAUCUUUUUAAAAUUAAAUUCCUUGUUUACUUGUUCAAUUACAAUAGUCUGUUAUCUUUAAGAGGUAAAAUUGCAAGCUGACUAGCAUGUUCUGUGAAUCUGCCAUUCCUAAAAGUUUUAUGAACACUUGAUAUCUUUCACUGAUAAUUGAUCGCUGCAAUAAAAAUGUAUUGUGAAAAU